UCCAAUCCCUUUUCGAUCUUGAAUACUAAAUGUUUGGCAUAUACCUAAUACGCCUAUAGCUUUUGGCUUAUAGCAGGUAGUCAGCGGGAUAACUGUGCAUCGAGAUGGCAAUGUUGAUAGAUGAUUUCAGGUAUUUUAUGUCGAAUGUUAGUUGCCACAGCUUGUUGCGCGUCUCGUACAAGUACCGCUGCUCGAUGGCCAGGGAGCUGGAGGACUGCCAAACGAUAAUCAACUACUUCAACUACUUCGAGCUGAUGUAUUGCCUGCUGCGCAUCCACGAGGAGUCGUCGGACUACUUCGCGAUCUUCCUGUUGCUCCUCGCGUAUGUUGCAUAUUUGCUGCUGAUGUCGAUAGUUGUCGAUCAGUUCUUUACGCCCACGGUCAAGAUUCUGGCCAUGAAGCUGCGGCUCAAUGAGUACUUGGCUGGCGUCACGUUGCUGGCCUUCGCCAACUCAUCGCCCGACUUCGUGGCCAACCUGAUGCCCAUCAAGAAGCGCGGCGCUCUCUUCACCUGCACCAUCGGCCACAGCCUGGCCGUGCUGCUCGUCUGCGGCGGCAUGAUCUGCUUUCUGAAGCCCUUCCAGAUCGACGGCCACAGCACCGUCCAGAACCUACUCUUCCUCACGCUGGCCAUCGAGCUGCUCACCUGCAUAGUGUUCAGUGGGCAUCGCGUGACCCGCGCAGACGCCUUGGUCCUAUUGUCCUUCUACGGCAUCUUUCUGAUUGUCAACAUUGCGGAUCUUCUACUCAUUAAGCAUACCAUAAGGACACUGCGCUUGGAGCUGAAAGAUCAACGAGAUGGACAAGCACAAAGCCUGGAAAAUAAGAAGAAGUUGGCGUUACUUAACGAUUUGGAGCAGAACGAUGUUAUCAACUUCGAGUGGCACAGAACCCAUGAUGCAGAUGACUUUGGCAUGGCCAUUCUAGGAUCGGAUAGCGCGGAUUAUGUGGCAUAUCGCACGAUCUUGCACUCGCCGAGCAGCUCGAAGAAUCGCUUGUUGUUCGCCGAUCUCUGGGACUCGCUGAGACCCUACGACGCUCUCGAAUGGCAGCUGGGCAACUGCUGCCAGCGGCUGCUGAUCAUCCUGAAGGUGCCGCUGCUGCUGCUCGCCACGUUGUUUGUGCCCGUCGUGGACUAUGGGAAGCACAAGCACGGCUGGAGCAAGUUGCUCAACUGCACGCAGAUCGUCACGAAUCCGUUCCUCAUCAUCACCGCAGUGCACUCCAAGUUUGCCAGCGUCUACAAGUCUUGGUACAUUGACUUGAAGCUGGAUUAUUCCGCUUGGUCCUUCUGCCUGACCGUGCCCUUGGCGCUGUUUGUCUUCCUCGAUUCGCGCACCGAUAUGCCGCCUCGAUAUCAUUUCUUCUUCAUCACUCUGAGCGCUUGCAGCUCUUUGGUGCUCAUCGUUUUGUGCGUGGGCGAGAUCGAGAUACUCACCUCCAUUGUGGGCGCGGCCUUCAAUCUGGGCGAAACCUUUGUGGACAUUACGUUUGGCUCCUUGACCAAUGCCAUCAUCGAUCUGCUGGCCGACUUCAGUCUGGCCAUGCAGGGCUACGAUAAAAUGGCCUUUGCCGCCAUCUGUGCGGCUCCAUUUUUCAGCAUCGUCGUUGGCUUGGGCGUGGCAUUUCUGUUCAAUUCGGACGUGAGCAUAAAGGGCUCGACAUAUUGGCUCUAUGGGGAAUAUGGCGAUAACUGUUAUAUAUUUAUCAUGUUGGCCAUAUUCACCCAAUUGUGGUGGUGCCUGACCCUGAAUUUCAGUUCUCGUCGAUCGGUUGGAGUAUUUUCGUGGAUUUUGUAUCUUUUGUUUUUAGUUUAUGCGAUUGCAGCUGAGUUUAAUCUGGUGCACGAGUUUACAAGAGAUGAUAGCUUUGAACUGCAAUAG